CUCUUCCUGGGCAUCUACCUGGCUGCGCUCCUGGGCAAUGGCCUCAUCAUCACCACCUUCGCCUGUGACCACCACCUCCACACCCCCAUGUACUUCUUCCUCCUCAACCUCUUCCUCCUCUGCCUGGGAUACAUCUUCACCACUCUGCCCAAAGCCACGGCCAAUUCCCUCUGGAACAACAAGGACAUCUCCUACAAGGGAUGUGCUGCACAGCUCUUCUUUUUUUUAUUCUUCAUCACAGCUGAGUUUUCUCUCCUGACCAUCAUGUCCUACGACCGCUACGUGGCCAUCUGCAAACCCCUAUACUACGGGACCCUCCUGGGCUGCAGAGUUUGUGUCCACAUGGCAGCAGCUGCCUGGGGCACUGGGUUUCUCACUGCUCUGCUUCACACAGCCAAUACAUUUUCCCUGCCCCUCAGUCAGGGCAAUGCUCUGGACCAGUUCUUCUGUGAAAUCCCCCAGAUCCUCAAGCUCUCCUGCUCAUGCUCCUACCUCAGGGAAAUUUGGGUUAUUCUUAUUGGUUCCUUUUUAGUAUUUGGUUGUUUUGUUUUCAUCGUGGUGUCCUAUGUGGAGAUCUUCAGGGCUGUGCUGAGGAUCCCCUCUGAGCAGGGAAGGCACAAAGGCUUUUCCACAUGCCUCCCUCACCUGGCCGUGGUCUUCCUGGGGGUGUGCAAGAGCGUGCACACAAAGUCCCCUGCAAAGGCCACGUCUGCAGCAGGGCAGGGAUGUGCAAGGCUUUGUCUGUGCAGAGUGGUACGCAGAGGCCCUGUGUGCAAAGCCGAGGGGCAGCGCAAAGCUCAGGUGGAGUCCUUCAGCCCCAAGGCCCCCACCUUGGUGCUGCCCAUGGUCUUCAUCUGCUCCAGCUGA